AUCUGUGCGGUUGCGUCAGUUACGUGUCGCGUUGGUUGUUCCACGGUUCAUUAUCGUCGGUGUUAUGCACGAUCGUUAUUCCGGCAACGCGGCUGCGGUGACAGGAAAUAUGAUAAUUACCCGUAUGGUCUAGACCGCCGUUUGAUAAUACCAUGCUGCUAAUGUAUGAUAAGCGCGCACGUCUGCAGACCGCUUUAAAGUAAGACCUCGCUGAGCUAGUAAUCGUCGACGGAUCGCGGGGAGACGCCGAAAGUGACACAUGUGUCAUUGUAGAAUAACCUAACGACAGCUUUCUGCUCGGCCUCUACGCGGACGGGCGUUCGUACUUAUUUCCGCUGGCAACGAGAAUCAGGUAACAUGAUUGGGAUAUAUCACCUGGGCUUGUACUUAUUAUUAUUCGAAAGCUGCAUCGGUAUUUACGCCAGAUGGGACAUGCAACUGCUGUGCGCGGAUUUGUUUCCGCGGGUGUUCAUAAGUUACCUGCCCCGUGGAAACUUGACCAGCGGAACUUACACCUUGCAGCCUCACUUGUCCAACAUACAGGACUGCGUGAUGGCCUGUUGCAAAAAGCCCCUGUGCAACGUAGCGUUCAUGCACAACAACACAUGUUAUCACAUAGAAUGCGAUAACUCCAUGAUGUGUUUGCCGUUAUACAGGCCAGAGCUGGCGAACGACAAUCCACCAAGCAUGGUACUGGUUAAGCCUGUGGAGAGCAACAAAAUGUGGAGCGACCUGUUGGACCAAGUCAGUGACGAUGCUGUCGGCACUUUGAGUACCGAUGGCGCUGAGCAGGAGCAAGUAUUGUUCAACGAAGGGAGCAAGAUCAGUUGUAUAGAUCAAACGGGUUGUCUGGAUAAUGAGAUCUGCGUAAAACACGGCGACGGUGACGACGGGAUCUGCCAGUGUUCGCUGGGCUUUAAGCGCAACAUCGCUGGCAUUUGUAUAAUGGACGAAAUAGAGGUCGCCGAACUCGGUGUAACGCCGCAGGCGAAGGCUCAGACUAUGAAGGAUGCCAGCGGAUCAAUUAAACCAACCAUGAAACAAUUGCUGGUCUCGGCGGUCUCCAAGGAAGUGAGACUGCCAGAAAACGAAGUCACGCUGUCCGCGUACACCGUUCCCGCUGAGCGAGGCAAUGAGCAUUACAAUUACGCUUGGAGCCUGCUCAGUCAACCGGAGGGACACACCGGAACGAUGACGGAUCAGAAUCGCGUCACCGUUAAGCUGAGUAACUUAUCGGAAGGCUUAUACACGUUCAAGGUAGCUGUAAGCAGCCCGAAUGCUUACGGAGAGGCUUACGCCAACGUUAGCGUUCUACCUCCGAAACGUAUCAAUCAAGCGCCGAUUGCGAUAAUCUCUCCUGCCUCGCAAAUUGUGAAGCUACCGAAUACGGGUGCAGUCUUGGACGGCUCGAACAGUAAGGACGACGAUCGCGUCAUCUCUUAUCACUGGGAGCUGCAGCAAGGCCCGAUUGGAUAUCAGCCCAACCUUGUUGAUACACCCACGCUCCAAUUAGAUAAUCUUAUUGCCGGCAAUUACACAUUCAAAUUAACGGUCGAAGAUUCGGAUCACAUCACGAAUUCGACGAGCGCCAAUAUAACUGUCCUAAAGGUGAUCGAUUAUCCUCCGAGCGCGAACGCGGGGCAGGAUAUCAUCAUUUAUCUGCCGCAAAAUACACUGACGCUCAACGGCAAUCUGAGCACCGACGAUCGUGGGAUAGCGAGCUGGGAGUGGACGAAGAGCCCGUCCGAUCAGAAUAAAGCGGUGGACAUGCAAAACACGCGGACACCUUACUUGCAAUUAUCGAAUCUGGAGGAGGGGAUGUACACGUUCGUGCUUAAAGUAACGGACGACUCCGAGCAAUCCUCCACGGCGGAAGUGCACGUUUUCGUGAAACCUCCAACGAAUAAACCACCGAAGGCCGAUGCAGGCGACGAUGUAAGCAUAGCGUUGCCGGUAACGCGUGCUGUUCUAAACGGUACAAGAAGCAAGGAUGACAUAAAAAUCGUCUUGUUCCACUGGGAGCAAGUAAGCGGGCCUAACAAGGCCGAGUUCGCCGCAGCGAACGAGUCGGCAACGAACAUCACAAAAUUGACCAAGGGUGAUUAUGUAUUCAAGCUGACUGUUGUUGAUGAUAACGGGAACGCGGAUUCAGACACGGUCAAUGUGAAGGUAACACAAAAUAAGAACGCGCCUCCGAAAGCGAAUGCCGGUGGCGAUCAAAUUGUCACUGCACCAAUCAGUGCGCUGAUCAUCAAUGGCUCACAGUCGAGCGAUGAUCUAAGGAUAGGUCAAUGGCUGUGGACGAGGGACCAAACUAGUCUCGCGAUUGGUACUAUAGUCCAGGACACCGAUAAAUCGCCGGUGUUAAUGUUAACAGACAUAGUUCCCGGUCGUUAUGUCUUUCGGCUAAAAGUAACGGAUGAUCAAGGUCUGAGCAGUGAGGAUACCGUGUCAGUAAUUGUGAAGCCCGAUCCGCAACUGUUGCAUUUGGUGGAACUGACGCUGAAUAUUGGAGCUAGCAUGCUGACAGUCUCGCAAAAGAAUUCGUUGGUAGUGAAAUUGCAGAUGUUACUGCGAGACGAGGCUUCGAUCGUCGUGCGCAAUUUGAGGGCAGAGCCCCAUACUGGAAAGGCCGUCUUAGUGUUCUACGUAGAAAAGAAGGGAGGGAAGACAACAUUGCCGGGUCCAGAAGUGGUGAAAAGAUUGAAAGAGAAGUUGCUGCAAGAUUCGGGUCUUUUGCAGCUGUCGGUUGCUAAUAUCGAUACCGCUGUAUGCCAGAAUAAUUGCUCGGGUCACGGUGUGUGCGAUCAAGAGACGAGGCAAUGCAUGUGCGAAGCAUUUUGGAUGCAGAACUUGAUACAAAAGUAUUUUGGUAAUGGAGACUCCAAUUGCGAUUGGAGCAUUCUGUAUGUGAUAAUAGCUUUGCUAUCGCUAGUCGUAUGUUGGGUCGGGCUGAUUUGGGGGCUUGUAUGCUUAUGCCAAAGGAUAUGCGCUGGCAGAAGACGUUCUCUUCGGCCUAAGAAGAAACCAGCGCGCUAUUCUUUGCUGCAGCCAGACCCAGAAGAUGACAGCAGCACGUGUAUGCAUUCCUUUCCCCUUAAGCGAAACGAUAUUUCCACUCACAAUAAGAUGGUACUGUCAGAGUCCGACACUGACUCCGACGACGUCUUGUUUGAGCAUCGUAAGAGCAAAAACGGUAGUCACAUAAGAAACGGUAAAUCUCGAAACGGAUUUAUCAAGGUUGGCCCUCGGAUAAAGGCAUAAGGAACGCCGACGAGUCUGGUGCAAUGAUAGCGGCGCACAGUUGUGUAAGUUUCGCCAAACUUAAGAUAACUAGUCAUGAGGGUGAGUUGACUUGUGUACCUUACGAGACCGAUACAAUCGCCUCAGAGAUCACUAUUGAUAACGAUGUUUUAAGAAGAUAGAUGGACCCUAAGUAUUGUUUAUAGAUGUAGGCGAGAGUAAAGUGACGCCGCGCUCAGCAGCGUCACGUUACUUAACUCGUCGCAAGUAUUAAUCUAUUCUAUUCUGUACUACUAUUAUUGUGAUCGUGAUUACGCCAUCGACUGGUGACGCGACGAUGUCGCAUAAUCGUUAAACCGUUUGAGAGCUUGUCUAAGUAUUAUUACGGCCUUAGAAGGUAUUUAAAUUGAACUCGAUAUAUCGUAGUAAGCACUCUGUAUGUAUCUGUAUGUCGUUUAUAUAUGUACUGCUUACUCUUUAAUAUGUACAUUAUCAGUCUUAUUUUUACACUAUGUGGAUACUGAAUAAAAUUUGCUAUCCA